GUUUUACGUCAUUUUGAGAGAAAUACAAAUUCUUGAUAUGAGGCCCAUUGAUGUAUUUGUCCAAGGUAAAGAACCAAUAACAGAUGAUUACAGUGAUGGCAGUGGGUUGGACGAUGACGUCAGUAAAAACAGUGAUAUCAGUGAAAGUGGUGACGUCAGUGGGGGUGGCGAAUUGAAUGGAAGUGGAGGCACCAGUGGAUAUGGAGACGAGAUUGGAAGUGGAGAGCCCAUAAAAUAUACUACAGACAGUACAUUUUCUAGCGGUGUUACUGAUGGGCUACUUGAUAUACAUAAUCAGGGCAUUUCUAAUAACAAUGAAGCCUUUUUAAGUAAACACAUGCAAACUGCUAUGAACCCAGUUUUCAUUAGAC